AUGGACUUUCAGCACCACUACUACGCCGGCCAGGAAGCCUUUCCGCCGCCUCUCCCAAAUCAUCUAAGCUCAGACUACUCGCCAGCGCUUUGCAUCAUGCAACAGUUCCAUGCAGACCUUCUCCGCAUGGACGAAGAGCAUCUCCAGCACCGCGAUCAAGCUGCCUCCACAUCUGAAAUGCCCUCCCCAUUUCCCGAUGAUGAGCCACUACCCGACACCAUCCUAGGCAGGGUGCGAACCUGGUAUCGCCGCCUCUCACGUCGACGGACUAGCGACGUCUCAAGUCCUUGA